UUCACAAUUUAAAUGGUAGCGGCUAAACAGUGGGUACAAGAAUCAUCUUCUGUAUGUACAUCACGGUGGCGGAGAAGCAAUCUAAAUGAGUUUCCAGUUACUGACCACCACUUCCACCGCACAAGCGACGCCGCCACCGUUGCCGCCGUCUCUUGCCCCAAGGACCCACAUCCCAGCCCAUGUAUACACGCACCCAGCCGCAAUCCUCCUGGAGCUCUGCACCUCCGUGAAAGAGCUCCGGCAAAUGCUCCCAGUCGUGAUAAAAAACGGCCUCUACAACGAGCUCCUCUUCCAAACCAAGCUCGUAAGUCUAUUCUCUAAAUACGGCAGCUUAAACGAGGCCGCCAAGGUCUUCGAACCCAUUAAUCCCAAACAGGAUGCUCUGUAUCACACUAUGCUCAAAGGACAUAUCCAUCACUCCUCUUUAGACUCUUCCUUCUCGUUCUACUCUCGUAUGAGAUCCGACAAUGUCACUCCCGUUGUAUAUAACUUAACAUAUUUGCUAAAAGCUUGCGCCGACAAUUCUGAUAUUCAGAAGGGCAAACAGAUACACGGGCAGUUGAUUCUGAACGGGUUUUCGAGCGAUCGGUUCGCAAUGACCAGUGUUGUAAGUCUCUACGCGAAAUGUAGGCUGGUUGAGGAUGCGCACAAGAUGUUCGAGAGAAUGCCUGAGAGGGAUAUAGUGUCUUGGAACACGGUUAUUGCUGGGUUUGUGCAAAACGGGAUGCCUAAGAGAGCGUUGGAAUUGGUUGUGAGGAUGCAUAGGGAAACUUCACUUAGGCCUGAUUUUGUUACGCUUGUUUCGAUUUUGCCUGCCUGUGCUGCUACUGGAGCCUUGAGGAUUGGGAAAUCGAUACACGGGUAUGUUGUGAGGAAUGGGUUGGAAUCUUCUGUGAAUGUUUCAACUGCCUUGGUGGACAUGUAUGCAAAAUGUGAUUCAGUGGAUGCUGCAAAGUUGGUCUUUGACAAGAUGGAGCUUCGGAGUGUUGUUUCGUGGAAUGCUAUGAUCGAUGGGUACGCGCAAAGUGGGAACUCGGAUGAAGCUCUAAUGUUGUUUGAAAAGAUGUUGGAUGAAGGAUUGAGACCUACUAAUGUUACUGUCAUGGCUGCUCUACAUGCUUGUGCUGAUUCGGGGAGCCUUGAGCGUGGGCGAAGAAUUCAUGAACUGAUUGAUCGGUUAGGCCUUGCUUCAGACGUUUCGGUUGUCAAUUCUUUGAUUGCAAUGUACAGUAAAUGCAAGGCAGUCGAUAUUGCUGCUGGAUUGUUCGAAACUUUACCCAGAAAGACGCUUGUGACUUGGAACGCGAUGAUCUUGGGCCUCGCGCAAAAUGGGCAGGUAAUGCAAGCCUUGAGUCUUUUCUGCAAAAUGCAACUGAAUAACAUCAGACCUGAUUCGUUCACGCUGGUUAGCGUGGCUACAGCGCUUGCAGAGUUAUCAGUACUGCGCCAGGCCAAGUGGAUCCAUGGAUUUGCUGUGAGAACUUGUCUGGACAAGAAUGUGUUUGUGAUGACUGCCCUCGUGGACAUGUACGCGAAAUGUGGAGCAGUUUACACCGCGAGAAGGCUGUUUGACGCGAUGGAGGAUAGGCAUGUGACGACUUGGAAUGUUAUGGUGGAUGGAUAUGGCACACACGGAUUUGGGAAGGAAGCUGUCGAGUUGUUUGAGGAUAUGCGCGGGAGCUCCAUAGAGCCUAACGACAUAACAUUCUUAUGCAUCAUCUCGGCUUGCAGCCACUCGGGGUUUGUAGAGAGGGGGCAGCAUUACUUCGAUGUGAUGCAGGAAGAAUAUGGCAUACAUCCCUCAAUGGACCACUACGGUGCCAUGGUUGAUCUCCUUGGUCGAGCUGGUAGGCUCAACGAAGCUUGGGACUUCAUCAAUAACAUGCCCGUUGAGCCUGAGAUCAACGUCUUCGGUGCAAUGCUGGGCGCUUGCAGGAUCCACAAGAACAUCGAGCUCGGGGAGAAGGCUGCAGACAGACUAUUCGAGCUGCACCCUGACGACGGUGGAUACCAUGUUUUGCUCGCUAACAUAUACGCCUCGGCUUCAAUGUGGAACAAAGUGGCUAAAGUCAGAACCCUGAUGGAGAAGAAAGGGAUUCGCAAAACCCCCGGCUGCAGCCUAGUCGAUUUGAGAAACGAGGUCCAUUCGUUCUACUCUGGCAGCACAACCCACCCCCAAUCCAAACAGAUCUAUGCAUAUCUCGAAACUCUGCUCAAAAAGAUCAAAGCCGCUGGGUACACCCCCGUUACAGAUUCAUUCCACGAUGUUGAAGACGAUGUUCAGGAGCAGCUCGUCAGCACCCAUAGCGAAAAGCUCGCUAUUGCAUUCAGUCUUCUGAACACCAGCCCUGGUACCGCUAUCCAUAUCAGGAAAAAUCUUCGGGUUUGCAGCGACUGCCAUACUGCAACGAAAUUCAUCUCUCUCGUUACUCAGAGAGAAAUUAUCGUCCGUGAUAUGCACCGGUUCCACCAUUUCAAGAAUGGAACCUGUUCUUGUGGUGAUUACUGGUGAUCUUCCAUGGCAGGUGAAAAUCCAUUGACGGUGACCCGGCCUUCUAUUCUGAUCUCUUCAUGUUAAAUUCUAUUUCAACAUUAAAAAUACAAUAUGCUAAAAUAAGAUAUAAAAGACCAAAUCAGCCACUUCUUUAUUAUUAAGUGACAUAUUAAUGACUGAUUUAAUUUUUAAAGGAUUAAAUU